AAAAAGCAUCAAGAAUUCCGAUCUUCCAUACUAUAAUAUUUCUCCAAUCAAUGACAUGCCAAAAGCAAACGGCACGAAGAUUCCCAGAAUCCCACGCCUUCUCUAAUCCUAUAGAGUCCACCAACUCAGAAUCAUCAGAUUCAAUCAUCUCUUUCUUUUCCUGUUUGUUUAUUCAUACCUGUAUCUCCAUCUUCUUAUCUAUUGCUGGACCUUCAGGCUUCAGCCAAUUCUUCAUCCAAUGGCUUCACUUUCUUUUACUUGGAUCGGAGGGAACAGCCGGACCCCAGUUGCUGACUUUGCUGGGUCUCGCCGCCCUCCUCCGGGGACAGCUCGGACCGCCCGAGUUGGCUUCAGGGUUCUUGCUUCUGAGUCUAGAGGAGAACCUGAUUUGAGUGUCACUGUAAAUGGGUUGAAAAUGCCCAACCCCUUUGUCAUCGGGUCAGGCCCUCCUGGUACCAACUAUACUGUCAUGAAGAGAGCCUUCGAUGAAGGCUGGGGUGCUGUGAUUGCCAAAACUGUUUCACUAGACGCAGCCAAAGUUAUAAAUGUAACUCCUCGAUAUGCAAGGCUACGAGCUGGAGCAAAUGGUUCUGCCAAGGGACAGAUUAUUGGGUGGGAGAACAUAGAACUAAUAAGUGACAGACCACUUGAACUCAUGUUGAAAGAAUUUAAGCAACUGAAAGAAGAAUAUCCAGAUAGGAUUCUAAUUGCUUCUAUCAUGGAGGAGUAUAACAAAGCUGCUUGGGAAGAACUUGUCGACAGAGUUGAGCAAACUGGAGUUGAUGCCAUUGAAGUCAAUUUCUCCUGCCCUCAUGGUAUGCCUGAGCGUAAAAUGGGUGCUGCAGUUGGGCAAGAUUGUGCAUUGUUGGAGGAGGUUUGUGGAUGGAUAAAUGCAAAAGCAACUGUUCCUGUGUGGGCAAAGAUGACUCCUAAUAUCACUGACAUCGCACAGCCAGCUAGAGUGGCUUUGCAAUCAGGAUGUGAGGGGGUGGCUGCCAUUAAUACAAUCAUGAGUGUAAUGGGAAUUAAUCUCAAUACCUUACGCCCAGAGCCUUGUGUUGAGGGGUACUCAACUCCUGGGGGCUAUUCAUCCAAGGCUGUCCAUCCUAUUGCCCUUGGAAAGGUGAUGAGCAUUGCAAAGAUGAUGAAAUCAGAGUUUAACGACAAGGAAUACUCUCUUUCUGGCAUCGGAGGUGUUGAGUCUGGUAGUGAUGCAGCUGAAUUUAUUCUUCUUGGAGCAAAUACUGUUCAGGUCUGUACAGGGGUUAUGAUGCAUGGGUAUGGCCUCGUUAAGCAACUUUGUGAAGAGCUAAAGGAUUUCAUGAAGAUGCACAAUUUCUCAUCAAUAGAAGAUUUCAGAGGGGUUUCUCUUCAAUAUUUUACAACUCACAUGGAUUUGGUGCAACGGCAACAAGAAGCAAUUCGACAGAGGAAAGCUAUCAAGAUAGGUUUGCAAUCUGACAAAGAUUGGACAGGAGAUGGAUUCGUAAAAGAGAGUGAGAGCAUGGUUUCUAACUGAAUCAUAUGACUCCAGUAAGUCUUCUUCCUUGUAUGAUUGAAAAUAAAGAAGCUUCCUUUCUUUCAAUGUCAGAAUUGUGCAGUAACUAGCUGGGUUACUGAUGUAAUAACAUUUCUUCAAAUUGUCUUGUCAAGUUGUUUGAAAGCAAAAUAAAUGAAUAAUAAAUAACAGGAAUAUUUUUAUCAUGAACAAAGUCCAGGAAUCCACAGGCAUAGAAUACAAUGAUCCUACCAAGUUUACAUGUUUUCUGUCAUGAAGAAGAAUCAUCACAACUGCUGUUUUUGGAUGAGCUAUCCUGCAUUAUGUUGAUCGUUGCUUCACUUGAUAUCAGCACUUUGUCGCUGCAAAACAAAGUUCAAACAUUAAU